AUGUACAAAUUGAUGAUUAUCUGUAUAAAUAUUUUAACCGUUUUUUACGCCCAUGCAAGAUGUUUCACCAGAUUUGCAACUGACGGCAAAUGUUUUUGUGCGUGCGAUUCGCCAUUCAGCAGCACAAAGUUCUCGAUGGUCUCAGCGAGAGAGGCUGUCUUGUUGUGUUCCAUGAGGUGCUCACAAACAGCUGACUGCGUGGCGUACAAUUUCAUCGAAGGUUCCAACCAGUGCCAACUCUUCAAUCAAACUUCAAAAACAUUUUCACUGGUGCCCAACUGUCAACAUUUCACUAAUCAUGACAGACUCCAAAAGAACAGAACGUUGUUAAUAACUGCUGACAACAUCCUAACUGAAUUCUACGUCAAUGGCAAAAGCAUUUCAGUGAAUGAAAAUUUUCCGCAUGCCACCAGUUGGGACAUCCUUGAUACUUACGCUCUGAUUGGUCCAGUCUAUGUUAUCGCUGUGUUAUCGCGUAACACGAAUUUAAAUGGGGGUUUGAUAGCAAAAACGCUGGACGGCUACAUUUUGACUAAUUCAACUUGGGAGUGUACAAAUGAUUUUCACGAAGGAUGGUACAGAAUUGAUUAUGACGAUUCAUCUUGGCCUGAUGCCAAACAUGCAAAACAAAAUGCUGAAGACAACGUUUUGAAUUUAACAGAUGCUGUUUGGAUUGUCGGAGGUUUGAUAGCCAAAACAUUAGACAACUACAUUCUAACAAACUCGACUUGGAGAUGCACCAACAACACAUACGAUGGCUGGUAUGAAGUUGGUUACGAUGAUUCAGACUGGCCUGCUGCAGUGGUGGGAAAAAGAGAAAAAGACAAAAAAUAUUUCGUUAAGAAUUUCAAACCUGCUCAAUGGAUCACUGAUGAAUCUGAUUGUAAAAGUUGCGCUUCCAACUUCUAUUGCCGUAAGAACUUCAAAGAUGUAGCCCAUAUUGCACACAUUUUAUUACCUCUUACGGUUUCUGAACAUGAAUUGAAAAUUUUUCAAUAA